AUGUGGCAUUUUAUCCUCUUCCUCCUCCUUGUUCCUCUCUGGCCUUUGGUCUCGGCUUCUCCCUCUUCAAACGCCACCAGAUCUCCCGAUGGAUUCGCACUCGCUGUGAAUCCAAAACGAAAUGCGUCUCGAAACUUUGUGCGCGACUGGGCUGCUGCCCGUCACAAAUGGGGGAAGGGAGUGCCGAAAGAGAUUGCGUCUUCGUUUGCCUUGAUUGACGGCGUUGGUCAAGUCGAUGUUGAACCUAUAGGAAGCGACGACAUCUAUGUGGCUGAUGUUCAGAUUGGGAGUCCGCCUCAGACCCUGAAGUUGGCUCUGGAUACAGGGUCCUCGGAUCUAUGGCUCCAAUCGACUGACACGACAUACCGCGUAAACCGAAAGGGUCCAUGGGCCCCCCGAUAUCACCCUAACGAUUCUACGACUGCUCACCUUAUUGAAAACGCCAGAUGGUCUGUUGAGUACUUGGAUGGCACCUCAGCUGAUGGUAUUGUGUACCAUGACACAGUUCGGUUAGGCGACUUCAGAGUGGAAAAAGCAGCUGUGCAGUCGGCAGAAAUGGUCACCAGCCGUUUCGAACAAGAAGUUGAACUAAGUGGUAUCCUAGGCUUGGCUAAGAGGCUACCGAACAAUAUUAGCCCUCCAGCACCGUCUUUCCUUAGUCUAUUGCGCCAACAACUGGAGCACCAGGUCUUUGGCGUUGACUUGAAUCGGAAUGCCUCAGGUCUCUUCACCUUUGGCUAUCUCAAUGAAAGCCGUACCUCUGAGGAAAUAACAUGGGUUGACACAGAUCCUGAUAGCCCCCACUGGGAUGUCGAGUUCAAUCUCACCACCUGGGGAGAGCAGACGACGCCAUGGUACUCGCAGAAGUUCAAGGCAACAAUCGAUACUGGCACUACACUGAUGUUCCUGCCUGACAAUCUAGCGAGUGGCUACUGGUUCACGAUCCCAGGCAUGAAAGUUGAUCAAAGACUAGCAAAUGCAUUCACGUUCCCCUGCGAGGUUGCCAAGGACUUGCCUAAUCUUAUGCUCAGAAUACCUGGGAGUGACCGUAUUCUGACUAUUCCUGGCCCGUAUCUCAACUACGGCCCCGUUGAAAUUGACCCAUCCUAUUGUUGGGGAGGUAUGCAGAGCGCCGAAGAUUUAUCCGUCACAGUGAUAGGAGAUAUUAUGCUCAAGGCGCUGUAUGUGGCGUUUGAUCUCGAGAGAGGGCGAGUUGGCUUUGCCAACAAGGAAUUGUAUGAUGCUGAAUGA